AGUGUGUGAGGUGUAAUCUUUUUACAGGAACUCAGGGGAACUGAGCGAUGUGGAAGUAUCUCUGAAGAGCUGCAGAGCUGAAAUGGAAACUAAAUCAUUUAUCGGAGUUUGGUCUCGCAGAACGCUCUUGCCGUUUCUGCUCUGUGCUGGUUUUCCCAGGCUUGGCAAGAUGCUCCUCACGUUCCUCAAUUAAGGGCUGGUGCCUACGUGAGGUGUCCUGGUCCCACAGAGGUCAGGGCAGUGACAGCAGCUCGCACCAGCUGACAACCUGCUUCCUGUAGUUUUCUGCCAGAACAUCCUAUAAAGUCUUAAGAUAGGUACUAAUGGAAGGCCCUUUGCAAACGUCCAUUCACCUGUGCCAUGAAAAUGGUCAGUGGAUGUCACAAUUACCGGAAAAUCUCUGGGAUGUUCCCCUCUAUAACUUAUCUCUUCCAGGGAGUCAUGAUACCAUGACCUACUGUUUGGAUAAAAACUCUGCUGUUAGUGACAAUGAAUCAAAACUGGUGAAUUUUUUAAAUAAAUGGAUGCCCUGCAUUGUACAUCCUAUUAUUAUGAAGUGGUCUACGACACAGGAACUGAAUGUGACAGAGCAACUUGAGGCUGGAGUUAGAUAUUUGGAUUUUAGGAUUGCCCACAAGGCUAACGAUCCAUCUAUGAAUUUGUACUUCGUGCAUAUGCUUUACACGACUGUUACGGUUCAGGAUAUUCUGUGCGAAGUCGUAAAGUGGUUGGAAACUCAUCCUCAGGAAGUUGUUAUCUUAGCCUGUAGGAAUUUUGAUGGAUUAACCAAGAAGCUUCACUGUCAUCUCAUUGCCCGCAUAAAAGAGAUUUUCCAGUGUAAACUGUGUCCCAGAAAUGUGGUGCCGACACUGCGGACCAUGUGGCAGUGUGGGUAUCAAGUGAUAAUCUCGUAUGAAGAGGAGAUCCUAGUGAAGGAGCACUGUGAACUGUGGCCUGCGAUUCCAUACUGGUGGGGAAACAAAACUGCCACUCGUGAACUAAUCCAGUAUUUAGAAUGCAUGAAGCAGAUAGGCCGUCCAGGAAGAUUCUUUGUAGCAGGGAUUAACCUUACUGAAAAUUUAGCAUAUAUUCUUGUACACCCAUUUGGAUCAUUGAAGAAAAUGACACUCCAGAAUCUUGCAUACCUGAAAAUCUGGGUAAAGCAACAGUAUCCAGGACCAAAAAAAGAAUGUAUUAACAUCAUUGCUGGGGACUUCAUAGGAAAUAAUGACUUUGUCAAAGAUGUGAUAGAACUUAACACAAAAAUUAAUCCUCCAUUAUACUGUCAUAGCAAAGGGGCUGGAGGAAAUACCAUUUCAUUCUCAGCUUCUUAAUCUUUAAAAAGACUGUCUACGUUUAGUGUUUCCUGCUUUAAAUAUCCUGGACUACAUAAAGGACCAAUUAACUUAAACUAGGGACGUUUUCAAGACUCAGUAAGGAAACUCAGUAUCAUUAGGGUUUAACAGCCUUUUCACAGAAAACUGAAGAGAGGAGGAAGACCUUGCUGAAGUUUCCAGAGAACUUCAUUAUAGGUAUAAUUUACUGGGAAGUGCUUAGUUUCUGCACAAUCGCUAAUAGUGACAGUCCCAAGAACUGAAUCCUAUUUUGAUUUAUUUUAUAUUUGAGUAAGAAAGAUAAAUAUAACCUAUAUGUAUGAAUUAUUCAGUGAUCAGACUUUAUUUUCCUUAUAACUUCAAUUAACGUCGAAGAUAUUCUGCACCUGCUCACAAGCUGCAUUUCUCAGUAUUUUAUAUCUGUGUGAAACUGACUUGUCUGUUUUCAUAGUUUUGUGUUAAAUAUAAAACAUAAACAGUUUAAAAAUAUUUUUGAUAUAUCACAGAUAGUUCAUCAGCAAUCCUAUUUGACAUGAUUUUUUUAUAUACAUCAAUACAUCAUUAGCAUCGGAGAUCCAGCAGCGGCUGUACUGUUGUGUGCUGAGUGUCACUUGUGAACUACUUCACCGAAGUCACAAUAUUCUCCUCAUUUUAUAAAAGAUGCGUAUGUUUGAAGACUACUGUUACACUUUUUAUACAUUCAUGCCAGUACUACAUACUGGAAGUAGGCCCUAGACAGUUUUGCCCACUGUUUUAUUAGGAGCUGCUAAGGACCCUUUACAUAGAAAAGAAACACACACAGAACUAGCGCCUGAUGUACACAUGGCCUGCUCUAAAAAUACAGUUUUUUGGCUUUUGUCAUGCUCACUUGGGUUUUAUAACUUUAUAACUUUAUUUACCUAUUUUAGUAGCUCUAAAGUUAUUUUUCAUCCCAAUAAAUGUUUUAGGCUUAUGCAAAAACUAAGUGUUUUAUACCGCUUGCCAUUGCACAUUAAUUCUAUUUUUCUUAUUUUUUAAAUGAACUGUGCAAUAACAGACGAUCAUGAAGGUAACAGAACCGGCAUGUAUCAAGAAUAAAAUGAAGCAGGUGCUGUAUAAAAAGCUCACUGUGCAGCUUCAUCAGUAUACCUCACUUUUUAGAUGCACUUUAUAUGCAAAAACCGAGUUCAAGUGUCUGGUAAGCUGUUCACAUUUGCAGUAGAUAUUUGCAGAAGUACGAAAUCAACUGUUACUUGACUUAAAUAAUCAAACUUACCUUAGGCUUCUCGAAAUGAAAGGCUAAGAUGCUACCUCCUCAUGCAAUUUCCCACAAUGAAAGGCUACGUGGGAGCCAAGCAAACGUUCCACUUUAAAGGCCAUCUUUCUAAAUGCUGUUUUACAGCGCUUUUUAGCCUUGUUCUCAUCUCUGUUUACUUUACGCACAGCAGUCGUUCAGUUUGACUUUUUUAAGAGUCACCACCUGCAUUGCAGUGCUAUGCUAUACAUACUUAGAAUGUAUUUCUAUAUAUCUUCUGUACCUAAAGUGUCUUGUUACUUUACCUAAUAAAGCUUGAUCUAUUUGUUCAAUA